AUGAGCAGGCAAUACGCCUUCACCAAUGGCUAUACCGCCUACCCCCAAGGGGAAAGCGGUACCUUUUCCAUAUCUCCUCACAGAUUUCAACCGCGAUCGCAGCCCAUCCGUCGAAGACGGCAAUUCCUCCAGCGCUUGCUCCUCAUUUGCGUUCUGUCGAUAUGUGUCCUAGCAUUUCUAUAUCCCUCCUGGCGAGCUGCGAUCAUUGGCACAUUGACAUUUGGUUUACUCUCUGCAAGCGAUGAUUUUCAGCUCGAGACAGUCCGGUAUUACGAUCUUUCUAAUGCACAAGGCACAGCCCGUGGCUGGGAGCGGGAGGAACGCAUUCUACUUUGCACGCCGCUCCGUGAUGCUGCUACCCAUCUCCCCAUGUUCUUUUCUCACCUUCGCAACUUCACCUACCCCCAUCAUCUGAUAGACCUUGCGUUUUUGGUAUCCGACUCUAAAGAUGAAACAUCUCCUCUCCUCACCAAAAUGCUGAAGGAGCUCCAGGAAGAUCCUGAUCCUAACAUGCCGUAUGGUGAAGUUUCGGUGAUAGAGAAAGAUUUUGGCCAAAAAGUAAAUCAGGAUGUGGAGAGUAGACACGGGUUUGCUGCACAGGCUUCAAGAAGAAAACUGAUGGCGCAGGCAAGAAACUGGUUGCUUAGCGCCACUUUGAGACCCACGCAUAGCUGGGUUUAUUGGAGAGAUGCCGACGUUGAGACCGCUCCCUUUACCAUUUUGGAAGACCUUAUGAGGCACAAUAAGGAUGUCAUUGUUCCGAACGUAUGGCGACCUUUACCUGACUGGCUGGGUGGAGAACAGCCUUAUGACCUUAAUUCCUGGCAAGAAUCCGAGACAGCACUUGCGUUAGCAGACACUCUUGAUGAAGACGCUGUUAUCGUUGAAGGUUACGCGGAGUAUGCCACCUGGCGCCCGCAUCUUGCAUAUCUUCGUGAUCCUUUUGGCGAUCCAGAUAUGGAGAUGGAGAUUGAUGGUGUGGGAGGCGUCAGUAUUCUAGCAAAGGCAAGAGUAUUUCGCUCCGGUGUACAUUUUCCUGCUUUCAGUUUCGAGAAACAUGCGGAAACCGAAGCUUUCGGCAAGAUGGCGAAACGAAUGAAGUUCUCGGUUGUUGGCUUACCCCACUACACCAUCUGGCAUCUUUACGAACCUAGUCUUGACGACAUACGGCAUAUGGAAGAAAUGGAGAAAGAACGUCUGCAGCGAGAGGCUGAAGAGAAGGAGAAAGCAGAACGUGCGCAGCGGAUCAAGGACGAGUUCAAGGACACAAAGGCCCAGUGGGAGAAAGACGGCGCUGCUAUUCAAAACAUGAUUCAAAAAGAUAAAAAGGACCAAAAGGAUCAAAAGGAGAAGAAUCAGCAGCAGAGUCAACCCGAGCAGGGCAAGAAAGACCAGGGUGGAGCCGCUCCAGACUCAAAGCAGAAUCCUCAGAGCUGA